UCGCUGGCGCGAUCAUGUCGUGCAUCAUGAUCGGCAUCCUGAUGAUACUCGCGUCGAUCUCGCGCAGCUGCGCCGGCUGUCCUUUCUGCGCCAGGCAACAGCCUUCUUCCGAGCAGCAACAGCAGCAACAGCAACAACUGUACCGGACGAUCGGCAGUCCGAGACCGUUCGGCGCCGACAAGCCGACCCGCGUCCAAGAGUUCAACAGGACCGGCGUACUACAUCCAGAGUACCAGAUACCGGCGACCAUCAGGCCCGGCAACGUGUCUCAGUUCUAUUACCUGAGCCCACGGGAAGGCCCGCCUCUCACGUUACUCGUUAGCCCGUGCAGCGGCCCGAUAUCUUGGACGGUCAGUUACGUGGAGCCGCCCGAAAACGAUCAGGAAGCGGAAGGAGUAAAGUCGCAAACGCAGUGGCCCGUGAAGACUCUGAAGCCGGGCUCGCCACUCUUCACAUACGUGGGCGCGGACGACCAAAAUUUCACGAUACCAAAGACGCGGGCCGGUCUUUACUGGUUCGAGAUCAAGUCCGUGGAGUCCGCGAGCAACGGCUCGGCGGAGCGCGCGCCCGGCACGGUGCUCCUCUACGCGACGUCCAGCGCCCUGGAUCACGUACCGGGUGUACUGUACGCGAGCGAGAAGGAGCAUCGACAUCGCUCGCUGAGAUUUCAGCAACGGCGCAGUAAACGGCGCCUCACGAUCUCCUGGAACAAAAGCCACGUAGAUCCUCAUCUCUCAAACUACUGUUUAGCUGUCACCUCGGGCUCGCAGUCGCAUCCGUCGACGCUCUGCGCCGCGCAGAACGUUCUGAAAGCUCAUCCGCAUCCGGUUUCGAGAACCGGAUCGUCCUCCAAGGAGCAUCACCAUCGGGGCAUCCCGGAAGGUCUGCACUGCGUGCGGCAGACCAAGCUGACGCUUCAUAGGAUGAGAUACGACACUACGUACAACUUUACUUUAUACGUGGUGAACACGCGGAAUAACGUUUCCAAUCGAGUCGCCGUCGACGCGGUCAGGUUCAAAAAGACGCCGGAACUAACGUUACGUACCGGUCAUUACACUACUGCUAAUCUACGAAAGACGGACGGUUUCGUCAAUUUCCGUUACCGACCGCCGGACAACACCUCGAGCACUUUUCACAUACUACCCUGCGGCGGAGGCAUCGUGAAGGCGAAAUUGAGCGGACAGGGGAUAUUGCGGGAAAAAGAGGUUGUUGGAUAUGCCUCAUUGCGUGUACCUCCUCUACCUCCCAGAAAGACGUACACGUUACGUAUAUCGACCACACCGCAGGAACUAGUUCGAGUAUCCAUGAUAAAAGUGCUAGCCACACAGGAGUCAUCCACUAUUUAUCCGCAAAUACCAUCUAGAAGCCCGCCGCGCGAGUACCGAUCUCUGAGGACCUGUCACGAGGUGACGAUAGGCGUAGAACCGGCCGGCGCCGCCAAGUAUUGCAUCCUGGUGAAGGAACUGCGGAGUUCGUCGUCCCUGACCAGCGUCACGACCGUGCCCGAUCAGUGCGGGCUUCAUCGGCGCAGGCGGUCCGAAUACACGUUCGAGGUAUGCGAGGAGAAGCAUAGUCCUCCGAAGGAUCGCGCGCUGCCGUUCACCUUGAGGAGGCUGCAGCCCGGCAAAGCCUACCUCCUGCAGAUCACAGCGCAACUCAAGGGCCAGUCCUUAUCUUAUCCUCUGCUGGGUGUGCGCACGCGACGUACCUGCGUAACGUAAUCAACGCGAUUCCUGUCAAGCGAGUACUAUGUAAUAGCGACGCGAUGAUAAUCCACCGUCGGUGAAUCCAAGGUCAACUUGUUUUCAUUAAACAGUAAUAUGGAAAGAGACGGCCGUCCGCGAUAUUUCCAGAAUCGAAACAUAUCGUAAAUUAUUGUUUAUUUUGAUAACAAUGCGCGACUCGAGUUACAAAAAUCUAUUAAAGUAGAUAGUCGCAUCGAAAUAUUUAUAUCUUUCAAAAUUGUUCCCUGACAAAGUGUAAGAGUACAAAGAUGCGACUAUACGAUAUAAAGUUUCAAUUUUUGCUCGAUAAAUAUAAUCUUUUUCUCUCUUCGCAUGUGCAUUAUUUUAUCUUGCUAUUAAAUUUGUUCGCCAACCAAACGUGAGAAGACAUUGAAGUAAAUCAACGUAUAAAAUGUAUAACACACGUGACGAGGAAUAGCUUCCGGAUUUCAGGAUUUCGUUCGAUCGCAUUUCACGUGGCACGCAGUCAUCUAGUCUAGAUUUUACG